CAUGAUAAAUUUACAGCACACACACACACACAAACCCCUGUGAAAUCAUUACAGACAACUCACUAUGCUCUCCAUUAUGUUUAUUUCACUAUUGUGAAAUGCACAAUAUGAAAUGUUUAUUUCGUCUUCAACUCCGCCCUUCACUUCCUUCCUCUACUGUUCUGAAACAACAGUGCUGCUAGUUGCUCAUCUUAAUCAUGGCAGUACACAGCUACUUCAUUACUUGUGGCAUGACUGAAGGAUUUUAGUCAGUUAAAAAAAAUUCUAAUUACCUUAAAGUAAUAUCAGAAUGCUUUCAGUUUUCGGACAUUAUACAAAGAUGUUUCAUAUAUUUAUGUCAGUCUUUUUGUGUUAUCUAGUUGGUGUGGUUGGUGUUGAAGAAGUAAAGUCAGUGUCAGUAAUGGAGGGAGAUUCUGUCACUCUACACACUCAUCUUCAAAUACUGAAAGAUGAAGUGACCGAGUGGACCUUCAACAACACUCGGAUUGCUAAAGUGACUGGUAACAAUCCUACAUACAAUAAAGAUGAACGAUUCACAAACAGACUGAAGCUGGAUCAUCAGACUGGAUCUCUGACCAUCACAAACACCAGAACCACAGACUCUGGAAUAUAUACAUUUACAACCAUUAUUUACAAAAAGCAGCCAACAAAGAGGUUCAGUGUUAAUGUUUACGCUCCACUUCCCAUUCCGGUCAUUACCAGUUACAUUUCAGAAUGUUCUUCAUCAUCACGAAAAUCCUCAAGCCCAAAACAUUUGUUGCUGUGCACAGUGGUGAAUGUGAAUCGUGCGACUCUCUCCUGGUACAAAGGAAACAGUGUAUUGUCCAGUAUCAGUGUGUCUGAUCUCAGCAUUAGUCUCUCUCUACAUGUGGAGGUGGAAAAUCAGGAUAACAACACCUACAGCUGUGUGGUCAACAACACCUUCACAAACCACACCACACAUCACUGCAUUACUGAUCUCUGUUUUAUGAGUUCAGAUGAAGUCCCUUAUAAUUAUUAUGGAAGUACUGAAGUUUUGCUCAGAUUGGUCGUCACUGCUUUGAUGGGCCUGGCUGCUGUGGCUGCUUUCAUUGUGCUGGUUUACGACAUCAAAUCCAGAAGAGCUGAACAGGAAAGACUUUAGGCCCUUAAUAAUGUAUCAAGAAUUUUAAAACAGAAAUAACCAGUUGUUGUUUUUCAUUUUAUUAGUUGUAAUCCCUUCUAUUCAAUACUGUGAACUGAAUAUUCCCUUUCUCAAAAUGACAACAGUAAAUUUAGGGUUUUGUACUUCUAAGAAUGUAUUUUGCAUGCAAAUAGCUGAUGAGGUAACCCACCUCCUUUUAAAGUAACGUUGCUUUUUUGUUGAACGAGUUGUGUCUGGAUCAAGAUUUCUGUUUUUUUAUUAUUAUGAAAUAAUUGAAUCAGGGUUUAACUGUCUCUAGAUUAUAUGAUGACCUUAGUGUCAGCCUUCUUUAGAGUAAAACUGGAAUGAAACGUGUGUCAUUGCUCUUUUAUAAAUGCAUUUCUGCAUGUA